AUGCAUACAAGACUAUCUCCUGUUCUAAUUACCAAGCGCUGCAUCGCUUCCGGACAGCAUUACCAUACAUCUCGGUUUGCCAAAUCCACAAAGAAAGCCAAUAGCCAUGAACCAACAACUCACAAGGUCACCAGGAAGCCAUGGGAGGAGGUGCCAUUUCUCACCGACCUCAAAGAAAUCGAAGACGCAGAGGAAGCUCUUUCUCUCUUCCACCAUUACCAGCAGAUGGGUUUCCGACACGACUACCCAUCUUACUCUUCUCUCAUCUACAAGCUUGCCAGGUCCCGUAACUUCGACGCUGUCGACCAAGUUCUCCGCCUUGUCCGCUAUCGAAACGUCCGGUGUAGAGAAUCCCUCUUCAUGGCGUUGAUUCAGCAUUACGGGAAAGCCGGUUUAGUGGAUAAAGCCGUCGACGUUUUCCAUAAAACGACCUCCUUUGAUUGUGUUCGUACGAUUCAGUCUCUGAACACUCUCAUCAACGUUCUCGUCGAUAAUAGCGAGCUGGGAAAGGCUAAAAGCCUUUUCGACGGAGCGAAGGCUAUGGGUUUGCGUCCGAAUUCAGUCUCCUUCAAUGUAUUGAUCAAAGGGUUUCUUGAGAAGUGCGAUUGGGAAGCUGCCUGCAAGGUGUUCGAUGAAAUGCUUGAGAUGGAAGUGCAACCGAGCGUCGUGACUUACAAUAGCCUGAUUGGAUUCUUAUGCCGGAAUGACGACCUGGAAAAGGCGAAAAGCUUGCUUGAAGAUAUGAUUCAGAAAAGAAUACGUCCGAAUCCUGUGACAUUUGGGUUAUUAAUGAAAGGUUUAUGUUGUAAGGGAGAGUACAAUGAAGCGAAGAAGUUGAUGUUCGAUAUGGAGUAUCGUGGAUGUAAACCAGGCCUAGUUAACUAUGGGGUAUUGAUGAGUGAUCUUGGAAAGCGAGGGAAAAUCGAUGAGGCAAAGCAUCUACUCGGCGAGAUGAAGAAAAGGCGGAUAAAACCAGAUGUUGUGAUCUAUAACAUUCUGGUAAAUCAUCUUUGCACUGAGGGUAGAGCCCCCGAUGCUUAUAGAACGCUGACGGAAAUGCAGAUGAAAGGUUGUAAGCCAAAUGCAGCUACAUACCGUAUGAUGGUUGACGGGUUUUGUCGUAUUGGGGAUUUUGAUUCAGGGUUGAAUGUUUUGAACGCAAUGCUUGCGAGCAGACACUCUCCCACACCUGCAACGUUUGUAUGUAUGGUUGCUGGUCUGAUAAAAGGUGAUAACUUGGACCAUGCUUGCUUUGUGUUAGAGGUGAUGAGAAAGAAAAAUAUAAAUUUUGGAUCUGGUGCUUGGCAAAAUCUACUUUGUGAUCUCUGCAUCAAGGAUGGAGGAGCUUGUUGUGAGGCUUUGUCAGAAGUGAUUUCUGCCUAA